CAUCCUUCUGAAGCUGUAGGAUCGUGUUACGCUUGGACGUAUAUGGAAAAAAAUUGAGGAAGAUAUCAAUCAACCACGUGCAUAGUGCUCACGCGCAACUGGUGCUUUUUUAUAAUCAAUAGCCAAAUAAAAAAUAAGCAUAUUUUAGACAUUUUUACUCGAAACCCACAUAGCAAACUAAUAGUGGUGACUCUACGAUACAGUCCUGCCACCCCCGUCGCUUCCGCUAGGCUGCGUUCUGCUGAUGGGAGACUCCUAACGGGAAAGCGCGGAGAGAAGAAGACCGAGAGGGAGGGAGAGAAAGGCACAAGAUGCAUGCAAGCUAGCGGCCAGCUAUGUGAGGAGACUGGUAAAAGCGCUGGAAGAAAAGCGUUGGACCCCUCAGGCGAAAGUAUACAAUGCAAAACGUAAACAAAAUCAAUGUGUGGUUUCAAUUAGGUUUAGCCUUGGACGAGGGGAAAUGAAAAGGAUUUCCUCCAAACAAAUAACUUGUGGGAGAUAAAGGAAGGGGGUCGCAACUCUGCCUCCAAUGUUUAAUAAAAGAAUCAUUAGAGCACACACCCCCCCCAGAAUGCGCUGAAUUCCGUCGGAGACUUCUAAACAGCGAUGUUUUCGGAACUGGCUGUGCUGCGUGUGUUUCGUGUGAAGAAGCUGCGGCAUUGAUCGCUCCCAGCGAGUGCAUUUUACAGCCGCAGAGCGCCGAGAGAAAACAAACACAGUGCCGGAUAAAUAAGACGACCAUCUUCCCGGUCGGAACAGUGGUUUGGGGGUAUUCCAGUGCUACUUUCUUCCCCUUGCCUGUAGAAAGCUGCACAAACUUUCCAAAUGGCACUCGUGAUGGAACCUGUUAGCAAAUGGAGCCCAAGUCAGGUCGUAGACUGGAUGAAAGGUCUGGAUGACUGUCUGCAGCAGUACAUCAAAAACUUUGAGAGGGAAAAAGUGGGUGGGGACCAGCUGCUGCGUAUUACCCAUCAGGAGUUGGAAGACUUGGGUGUGUCCCGCAUUGGGCAUCAGGAGCUCAUCCUGGAGGCUGUGGACCUCCUCUGUGCUUUGAACUAUGGGUUGGAGACAGAGAACCUGAAGACCCUUUCGCAUAAGCUCAAUGCCUCUGCCAAGAACCUGCAGAACUUCAUCACAGGCCGCAGACGAAGUGGACACUACAAUGGCCGCACAACGCACAAGCUGCCUAAUGACUUCCUAACAUCAGUUGUGGACCUCAUCGGGGCUGCCAAGAGCCUCCUGUCCUGGCUAGAUAGGUGUUCCUUAUUUUUCAGGUCUCCCUUUGCAGCUGUGACAGAUUAUUCUGUGACCAGGAAUAAUGUGAUCCAGCUCUGUCUGGAGCUCACCACCAUCGUACAGCAGGAUUGUACCGUAUAUGAGACAGAGAAUAAAAUUCUACAUGUGUGCAAGACGCUGUCUGGAGUGUGCGACCACAUCAUCUCCCUUUCCUCUGAUCCACUGGUCUCCCAGUCUGCCCAUCUGGAGGUGGUCCAGCUCGCCAACAUGAAACCCACAGAGGGACUGGGCAUGUACAUCAAGUCAACAUAUGAUGGACUGCAUGUCAUCACUGGGACGACUGAGGGAUCCCCAGCUGACCAAUGUAAGAAGAUUCAUGCAGGGGAUGAGGUGAUCCAAGUGAACCACCAGACUGUAGUGGGCUGGCAGUUGAGAAACUUGGUAAACACUCUGCGUGGAGACCCCAGUGGUGUGAUGCUAACUCUGAAAAAGCGGCCACAGAGCACACUCACCUCCGCCCCAGCCUUACUUAAGAACAUGAGAUGGAAGCCCCUUGCCCUUCAGCCCAUUAUUCCCAGGACCCCCACCAGCGGUGCAGCCACACCCACCAGUACCAUCAGCACUCCAUCUAAGCGGGACAGCUCUGCUCUGCAGGAACUCUACAUCCCGCCUCCCCCAUCAGAGCCCUACACACCUAGGGAUGAGAAGGGGAACUUGCCCAGCGAUGACAUUUCACGUCACCAUGGCAGCAUCCCUGUUACCAAGGGCUCGGAGUCACCUAACUCCUUCCUGGACCAGGAGUAUCGCAAGCGUUUCAGCAUGCUGGAGGAGGAGGCAGUCCUGUACUGCCAUGAGUAUGAUAAGAACCGCAGGGCUCCCCAUGGCUGCAGGGAAAGCACCCCCACAUAUGGUAGACUAAGGCCUAUUUCCAUGCCUGUACAGUACAACUGGGUGGGAGACUAUGAAGACCCCACAAAAUGGAGGAGGGAGGGGAGGAGAGAGAACUCCAUGAUGUGCUAUGUGAGCAAGGACAAGGCCCUCCCUGAAGAGUAUCUAACUGGGCGCAGCAGCAAGCAAGACACAGGCAAAAGGAGCAAAAAGAAGAGUGAGAAGGGAGGCAGCCCCAGUCACUAUGCUCUGCUGCCAUCUCUGCAGAUGGAGGUGCUGAGGCAGGAGUCCCUCUCCUCUCCCAGCUCUGACUCGACCUCCCUCUACCAUACAUUCCAGCGGUCCUCCUCCUCUCUGCUUUCAAAGUCCAAGAAGAAAAACAAAGGGCACCUGGCCUCCAUUAGCAAACGCCGAAUCUCUUGUAAAGACCUGGGACGAGGUGACUGUGAGGGCUGGCUAUGGAAGAAGAAAGAUGCCAGGAGUUACUUCUCUCAGAAAUGGAAAAAGUACUGGUUUGUGCUGAAGGAUGCCUCCAUGUACUGGUACAUGAACGAAGAGGAUGAGAAGGCGGAGGGCUUUGUUAGCCUUCCAGAGUUCAAAAUCGACCGGGCCAGCGAGUGCCGGAAGAAGUAUGCAUUCAAGGCCUGCCAUCCUAAGAUCAAGAGUUUCUACUUUGCUGCCGAUAGCGUGGACGAUAUGAACAGGUGGCUGAGUCGGCUGAACAUGGCUGUGGCUGGUUAUGUGGAGCGUGAGAGAAUAAGGCAAGAUCAAGACUACUGGAGCGAGAGUGACCAUGAGGACAAUGAUACCCCCUCGACCCCAAAGCAAGACAGCCCCCCACCCCCCUAUGACACAUACCCUCGCCCCCCCUCGAUGAGCUGCACCAGCCCAUACCUGGAGCCCAAACAUGGCAGAUUCUCCUCCACCGAGACCUCGCAGUCCCGCUCAUCCCAUGAGGAAUUUCGCUCCAAUCCCCCAGGGGGCAGCAGCAGCUGUGGUGGGUCGCCAGCAUGCAAGUUGACCAGCCAGCGGCGAUCAUGGCAGGACCUGAUUGAGAGCCCCCUCACUAGCUCUGGGCUGCACUACCUACAGACACUGCCCCUGGAGGACGCUGUCUUUUGUGAGCCGGACGGGUCUGGAGGCGGGGGCGUGUCCCCGGAGUACCGCCGUCAGUCCACACUCCCCGCCCAGCGGAGCCUCCUACAGGAUCAUUAUGGCCCCUUCCCCAUGGCCCAGGGGGAAACGCUGCAGGACCUAGCGGGGGCAGGGGGCAAACCCCGCAGUUUCACACUGCCUCGGGAUGGGGGCCUCUGCACCAUCCUCACCCCCUCUGCUGGCACCUCACAGCAUGGGGACCUGCACAGACGAGAGCUGGCUCGAAGUCACAGUCCAGACAUAGGUGGUGAGGGGCAGUUGGGACACUCCCUGGGAGACUCCUUGCAGGACCUGUACCGGGCUCUAGAGAAGGCCAGCCUAUCUCCCAUGGGGGAGCGCAGGCUCUGCACCAAGCUGGAGUACAAGCGCUCCUUCAUCCGCCGUUGCAAUAACCCUCAGCUCAAUGACAAGCUGCACCACCUGCGCAUCCUCCAGAGCAUGCUCAAGGAGAGGGAGGGGGAGGUAGCGAUGAUUGACAGCCUGUUGGACAAUCCCAAGCUCACAUCCUCCGCCUUCCAGGAGUGGAAGAGAAUGUACGUGGAGCUGUUUGCUGAGGCAGCCCCACAUCCCCAGCAGGGUGCUCACAAAGAGAGUGCCAGCAGGACCCCUGAAUCUGCCCCCAGAGCCCCAACACUGUCUCACACCCACUCUUACAUUGAGACACAUGUGUGAGCCCUGGCAGGGUGUCCAACAUUGUAAAAACCUGCGACAUGCUCUCUGUACCCCGGUAUACAGGCUUAUUCUCUGCACCCCCUUGUAUACAUACACACUGUACUUGGAUUGCACAUACGUUACACCCCCAAAACACAAGCACAAGCUCUACUCACACUGUACACA